ACGUACAAUUGUACAGAAGUGUUAAAAUAACAAACUAUAAAUAACUGUAAUUAUAAUCAUAAUAUAUUACAACAUUGUUGUAUCGCGUGUGUGACCGUCAUCAUGGAACAAGACGAACCGUGUCUGGCCCCACAACUGUGCAUCCGUUGUCGGUCGUACGAUCUCGGCCGACAUGUCGCGGUCGUGUCCAACGCAGACCCGUGCACGUGCACAGACGACGAGACGUGUCCGCACAACAAGAAGACCACCGCGCUGCAGCUGUUGGUCCUCAGAAAAAAAAAGACAAGUCUGCAGCAUCAGCAAGCGUUGUCGACAACGGACGGAGCAGACAAGACGAUUGACCGUGGCGAGGAAUCGGACGAACAUCAUGACGACGACGACGACGACGACUGCUCCUCUUCGUCGUCGUGUAGCACUACGUCCUGCUCGUCCUGCAGCAGUAGUGAUACUACUACGUCAGAAUCCGAAGAAAACGAUUCAAUUACCUGUAUAUCGGCCGAUUUGCGGCAAUAACACAAGCGUUUCGGAAUACUUUGCUUUUCUUUUGGCCGCUGUUGCUAUCCCCGCUUCUGCUGUUGCUGCUGCUGCUGUUGCUGCUGCUACUACUG